AUGAUAAUCCUGAUAACUGACGGAGAGCAAACCAUCCUGCCGCUCGUGGAGGAGGUGCUGCCUGACGUGAAAAAGGGCCGGCAUCGUCAUCAACACAGUCUCCUUUGGUCCGAAUGCUACGGAUUCUCUCGAGAGCUGGGCAAAGGAGACAGGGGGCGCUAGCUACUACCACAGCACGGGAUCAUAUGGCUCCCUCUCCAGCCUGGAUGCCUUGCUCUUUGACGCUAUAAAGUCAUCGGAUAAGGACGAGAUGAAACAGUUGCAACAAGUGCACAGAGACGUUGUUUUCGUGAAGCCUGGACGAAAGAACUUCGUUGUGGGGGAAGUUGUUCUGGAUUCCACUGUGGGCCACGAGACGCGUUUUACCUUCACGGAGAAUAUCGACUUGUACAACCUGUUUUCUAUAGUGGUGAAUCUCACGUCUCCCACCGGUGAAAAUUACGGACUUGGGAGUGACUCAAGUAUUUAUCGCGUAGAUAACAUAACGAGGACCAUUACGUUCAAGUUUCAGGAAGCUCCGGUUGGAAAAUGGGUCUACAAUAUAUCUACCUCAGGUUACAUUCCCUUCGACGAAGUGCUGGUCGCUGUUACGUCACACCCGAGCAAGGAGACGCAAGAAGACCCCAUAAGGGUGAAAACUUGGAUGUCUAGCAGUGAAGUGACCUACCCAUCACCGACGCGACUGUAUGCCUUCGUGAGCCAAGGUUAUAGCACUGUCAUAAACGCUAAUGUGACAGCGAUCAUAGAGCCACCGACCGAAGCUAGGUCUGUGGCACUGCCUCUGCUGGACAAUGGUGUGGGAGCGGACUUGCGGGCCGGCGACGGAAUUUACUCCGCCUAUUUCACGCAAUUCUCAGCUAACGGCCGCUACAGUGUCUCGGUUACCGUUUCUACAAGCAACCAGACGGCAAAACUACAAGCCUACAAGCCAGCCGAUCCCAGAUCCCGCUCCCUCCACCCGUACCAACCGCUACCUCUCACCAGCGCCAUAAGAAGGAUCCGUCUCCCUGUACCCGAGAACUCGUUACCUGACCCGGUUUCCCAGUUCCCUCCCGGUGACCUCGUUCCCUCGCUCGACCCCGAUGGAAAUGAGGGAAGGGGAGGGAGGGAAUUUAAUAAGGUUCAAGUGGAACCCUUUACGAGGUUUAUUUCCGGCGGGAUAUUCAAGGUCAACAAUUACCAGCCAGGUGAUAUGCUGCCGCCCGGUCGUGUCACUGACCUGGCGGUUUCGGUGAUUCAUCUUUUCGAGUCGAGUGUCACGCUGAACUGGACCAGCCCGGGGGACGAUCUGUAUCACGGGACAGCCAGCACGCUCGAAUUGCGAUUCCACGAAACGACCCUUAUUUAUCUGGACUUUCUAAAAGGUCAUAUCGUCAAUGAAUCCCACUUGACCUCGGGUGACCUCAAUCCAAGGCCAGCUGGUGACCCCCACGUCAUCACGGUGAAGAUCCCCGGUCGAAGUGUUGACAGCUUGGAGGGUCGUCCAUUAUUCUUCGCUCUCAAAGCCCGUGACGAAGUCGGGAACUCAGGCAAUCUUUCGAACAUUGCCUCUGCUUAUUUCCCUCUUAAGAAAUAUACUUAUAAUUUGAAGGAGGAGCAGAAACUCAACGCCAUCAGCGGCCUUGUGGUCCUCAUCGUCCUCGGGGUCAUUGUCAUCUUCAUCGUCGCCUUCAUUGCCUCCGUCAAGUUCAUGCACGUCAGGCACCGGGAGAAGAGAAGAGAGCAGGAGCUGAUCGACGGAGGGUGUUAUCGCUAUGUGAUGAAAAUUGGAUUGAAAUUGUGGUGAUGAUGAACGGUUAUGUCACGUUCAUUUUGUAGUGAUGACUGUGAUGAAGAAGCCGAUGGAGGAGAAAUGAGAAGUGAGGCGUAAACCUUAUGAUGACUGUGACGACGUUGAUGACUAAGAAAAAAAAGUGUCAUGCGCUUUUAUAACUUUGUUUUUACUAAUUUAUCGAAGUGAUGAAGAUGUCAACGAAAGAGGAAGAAGUGAUGAUCUUAAAUGAUGACUGUGGUGACUGUGAUGCCUUUAAACAAAAGUACAUUGCAUUAACUUGUUUCCAUGGUGAUGACGGUGUGAUGUCAUCAUAAUCACAGUGAUGAAACAUAAGUGAAUUGUGUUAAUUAGUGAACACGUUAAGAAGAUCACCGAAUAAUAGACGAUAAAAACGGAAAAUAAAACAAAAUAAAGAACAAUGGUACGCACAAAAGACGUUUAUUAUGAGACAUGUGAGAAGGUUUUUUUUUGUAAUAAAGAAGUUUCGUAAGUG